GGACCCAUCGUUCCAUGAUGUCGUCGUCCCAGAUGGAGUAUAUAGAAAUUUUUUAUUAUUUUAUUAGAGGAAUAUUCAAGGUUCAUUUGUUUACUGAAAUUAAUAAACAAAUAUUUAAAUGCGCAUCAGUUACGUUCCUCCCUUGAAAUAUUUUUUAUCUAACAAAAUUAUUGUUUGGGGUGCUUUGGAUGUAAACUAGUAAACGUAGAACCUCUUUGCUUCUCUCUGAUUUUAGGUUAGGUCGGAUUGAACUUCCGCCAAUAUUGAAGCAUUGUGACGUGACGGUUUUGUGUGUUUUCGGCAUUUUAUUUAUAUUUCUAGAAUGGCUUCAGAAGAAGUUAUAUCCGAUUCCAAAGAGCUGGAUAAUGAUAAUCUAGAAUUCGUAAUUCCAACCUUCCACUUAAAUACAACAGGAUGGGGUCCAUGUGAGAUGCCUGAUCAAUUUAAGGACAUGCCUUAUCAACCAUUUUGCAAAGGCGAUCGACUUGGAAAAAUUUCAGAUUGGACCGGUGCUGCUUUCCAGGACAAAAAAUAUAUUAAUAAGUACCAGUCUCAGUUUGGCAGUGGUAGUCAGUAUGCCUACUACCACGAGGAAGACGAGAGCACGUUCCACCUGGUGGACACGACCCGAGUGCAGAAGCCGCCCUACCAGAGAGGCCGCUUCAGGCAGAACCAGCGCAACAUGCGCGGUAGAGGCGGCUCCCGAGGCGGACAGUCCCAAUUCCAGGUUCUUGGCAAGGGUCUGAAGAUGCGCGACCGUGACCGCAAGGGAGGCCAGACAGGCAUGCGCAAAUGGAACAAGCAGACGGGCAUGCGCAAUCAGAAAAACCAGGCGCCCAUUAAGAACCGCGACGCCUCGGUCACCGUCUGCCCUGACUGGGUUGUCAUCGAGGAGAUGGACUUCCCGCGACUCGCCAAGCUGUCCCUGCCCAAUGUCAAGGAAGGCGAGGACAUAACGAAAUGUGGAUCACUGGAGUACUACGACAAGUCGUACGACAGAAUCAACGUGAAGAGCGAGAAGCCACUGCAACGUAUUGACAGAAUCUUCCAUACUGUCACUACUACUGAUGACCCGGUUAUCCGUAAGCUAUCGAAAAGUGUUGGAAACGUGUACGCUACUGACGCCAUUCUGGCAACGCUCAUGUGCUGCACCAGAUCCAGCUACUCGUGGGAUAUCGUCAUUGAAAAGAUUGGUGAUAAGCUCUUCUUCGACAAGCGAGACAACACUGAAUUUGAUCUGCUUACUGUGAACGAAACUUCGGUUGAGCCGCCUCAGGAUGAUUCCAACAGCUUGAACUCUCCUCGCAACCUUGCUCUCGAGGCCACCUUUAUCAAUCACAACUUUUCCCAGCAAGUGCUGAAAACUGGAGAGCCAAGAUACAAGUUUGAUGAAGGCAAUCCAUUCAUUUCGGAUGAAGAGGAAGGAGAAGUGGCGUCUGUGGCCUACCGCUAUCGCAAAUGGGAUCUGGAUAACGGCAUAGUGCUGGUGUCGAGGUGUGAACACGACGCCGUCUGGGUUAAUGUCAACGGGGAACUGCAGUUCCUCACCAUAAAAGCGCUCAACGAAUGGGAUUCCAAGCUAUCAGGUGGAGUGGAAUGGAGGCAGAAGUUGGAUACGCAGAGAGGAGCUGUGCUCGCCAACGAACUGAGGAACAAUGCAUGCAAGUUGGCCAAGUGGACAAUCCAAGCUCUCCUCGCUGGAUCUGACCAAAUCAAGUUCGGAUAUGUGAGCCGAUCUCACGUGCGUGACUCGUCGAAGCACGUGAUUCUGGGCACUCAGCAGUACAAGCCGAACGAGUUCGCCACGCAGAUCAACCUGAAUAUGGAUAAUGCGUGGGGAAUCCUUCGAUGCAUCAUCGACAUCUGCAUGAAGCAAAAGGAUGGCAAAUACUUGAUCAUGAAGGAUCCAAACAAGCCUAUGAUUCGUCUCUACGAUAUCCCAGACAACACUUUUGAAUCGGAUGCUGAAGAUGCGGAGGAAGAAGAAGGCGGAAAUAUCAACUUCUAAAUUUACAUUGAAAUUUAUUAUUUUCCAAUAGUUUCAAUCUGCAUUUUUGCAUCAUUUUGUAAGAUCCAUUUAUACAUUUAAACAAAGUUUGUGAAUGUAUUACUUGGAUCCAAUAUAUAGCCUGAAUAAUAAAUAUAAGAAUGUCAAUUCUGCUUGAUCUUGGAAUUAUUUAUGGCUUUCCCAUUCUCCAUCGACUACUAAAGUAAAGUAUUCUUCUACAAUUUGUAAUUAAUAACAGAUUGAUGUAAUUCAAUCCAAUCUAAGAUCUAAGUUAUCCUUGUGAUAAUGAUUAUAAUAUAAUAUACAGUGCUAUCAUUUCACACGAUCUCUCCAUGAGAAUAACGAUACAUGACUUAUAUGUAAAGACCAGGGAAAUUAGUAAUAGAAUUUUGAUUAUUUAUUUAAAACAAACAUUUAUUCAAUGUUCAACUACGUACUAAAUUCUAAAUACAAACUUGAAAAAACUCAGAAGCAUGCAUUUAUUGCAAAAAUAUAUUAUUGAUGAAAAUCAUCAUUCACUAUUCUACAAUGGGUAAAUAUCACAAUAAAACUUGUCACAAUAUUAUGUUAUGAAUGGAUAUAGUUUACUAAUGUUUUAUAUUAUGCAAUCUAACAUAUUUUAUUAGUAGGUGAUGAAUAUAAAAUAUAUUAUGAUUGAAAAUAUCAAUACACUAACAAAAACUAAGGAUAAGAUUUUGUGUUGGAAAAAUAGAACGAGUACCGUACGUUAUUCAAUGAUGUGUUAGCAAUUUAAAAAUGUACUCAGCGUUGCCAAAUAAAAAUAUAUUAUUUGCAGAUUGCAGAAUAUUUAAGAAAUUGAAAUUUAUCUGUUUAUGUAGAUUAAUUAUUUUCAAAGCUCUUGAAAUAAUUUGAGUUUAUUUGAUACUCGCUAAUAAAUACGUUUGGCUUU